CACCCGGGAUUUUGGCCUCGUUGAUGCGAAGCGCCAGCCGACGGUCGUUCGCGCCCACUUUCCUCCCACCACCACCUUCCUCCCUUCUUUUUAUGCGCCGAGUAUAGACUUGGUGUCGCCGGCCAUGGAUGACUUCGUGAGCGAGUCUGAGAGUGACUAUGCCAGCUAUUGGCGCGACUGGUUUAUUUCCUCGCGAGGCAAUGAGUACUUUUGCGAAAUUGACGAGGACUACAUUACUGAUAGGUUCAAUCUAACCGGUCUCAACACUGAGGUCCAGUACUACCAAUAUGCUCUCGAUCUCAUCACCGAUGUCUUCGACCUCGACUGCGAUGACGACAUGCGGGAAACAAUAGAGAAGUCUGCUAGGCACCUGUACGGUCUUGUCCAUGCUCGAUACAUUGUCACAACGCGGGGUCUUCAAAAAAUGUUCGAAAAGUACAAAAAAGCCGACUUUGGCAAGUGCCCGCGCGUCAUGUGUUCCUCGCACCCUCUGCUGCCCAUGGGCCUCUCGGACGUGCCCAACUCCAAGCCGGUGAAGCUGUACUGCGCGCGGUGCGAGGAUAUCUACAACCCCAAGUCGUCGCGCCACGCCGCCAUUGACGGCGCCUACUUCGGCACCUCGUUCCACAAUAUCUUCUUUCAGGUAUACCCGACCCUGGUGCCCGCCAAGAGCGUCGAGCGCUACAUCCCGCGCUGCUACGGCUUCAAGGUGCACGCCGCUGCCGCUCUGGUGCGCUGGCAGAACAGCCAGCGGGACGAGAUGCGUAGGCGGCUGAGGAAGCUCGAGGUCGAGAGCGGGUUCAAGGACGCCGAGGACGAGGCUGAGCUUGACGAUGAUGAUGAAGAGGAGGAGGAAGAGGAGGAAGAGGAGGAGCUGGCUGCUAUGGAUGAGGCUGAAGGUGCCCAACAGCAACAUGCGGCGGCGGCGGCGGCAGGUACAGCAACGGGAGGCGUUGCUGCCGGCGGUGAAGGCGUUCAUUAGAAAGGGCCUGCUGCUACUGGAGGGGAAGCGGAUGAAGAGUAUUGGAAUUCAGAAGCCACGAUUGGAGCGGGCGACGAAGCUGAUGAUGAAGCUGAGCUACCAAACGAGCAAAACGAGCCAACCUAUUGGCUGACACCUCUCAUGUCUGCUGCUGCAAGGCUGCGACGGAGUCUCAGGCUAGGGGAGGACUAUGAAGAGCAGGCUGAAGUGGAGUUCGAUG